UUUUGUAGUAAAACUUUGACUUCCAACUCUUAUUACAAUUCGUAUCAGAUGUGAUGCCAGUCUUGUAAUAUAUUGACAUUUGAUUAGCACUAAAGAAAGAUGUGGUACCCAUUGUACUUUCUUAUACAUCUAAAGCUUUCUCAAGGUUUCCACGAUUUGCUCCACCAAGUAAAAUACUUGAAGCUUCAAGCAGACGAGCAAAUGAGAUCUGAAAUCUUUCAAGCAUUUUUAGCUGUUAAGGUGCUCAGUAGGUCCUUGCAAAGAAUCGACCGGACCUCCAUGAUCGAUCUCGGAGGCUCC